AUGGGCAAAUGGAAGAGGCCACGCAGACACGCAGACAGUAAGACACAUAACGAUGCUGGUCUCGUCGAUCGACAUGACCAUCUGGCCGGCCACAACAAGGAAAUGAGGGUGUGCCGAGGGGUGGGCGAUGCACUGUCUGUCUUCAUCAGGUGGAUGGAUGAGUGGCUUGGAGGAAAUGUGACGAGACACGAAACCAAGAUUCGAGUGUCUGAGCAACCACACUUUGAGCAACCACACGACGACGGCUCUCAUCCAACAGCCAGCCGCGCCGUGUCCCCCUCCAACCGCACCCGGUCCUCCUUGUGCUUCCUCUCUCCUGGCUCUCAUCUCUUCACCUCUUCACCGCUCAUCCCAAAUACCGCGUCUCGACGCCCUGCUGCUGGCUGCUGGCUGCUGGCUGCACUCGGGGUCUGCGUCUUCGCAAAAUCGGAUAUUCUGCCAGGCAGACGAGCCGUCAUGGCCGAGUCAUCAGCCACCGGCGUGCGACCACAGAUCGUAAUAACCGCUUUGCAAUCAUGA